AUAACCUUCCAAUACCUCUCUCUCUCUCUCUCUCUACCCUCCUUCCCUCUCUAUAUAUAUUUAUAUAUACACGCACAUAAAUACAUACACACAAUCAGAAAAUCAUCAUCAUAUCUCUCUCUCUCAACGGGUACUUCUUCUCUAUGUGACUGUCUUUUAGUCUCUCCCUCUAAGUCCUCUUUCCUUUUUGAUUCAUAACCAUAGUCUCUAUUUGGCAAAACACAAACCCCCCUCUCUCUCUCUCUAAUUCCCAGAGACUUGCAUUGAUUCAUUGACACCCAUAUUCGGAUAUUCUGUACAAAAUCAUUGGUGACUGAGUUUUGACUUUCAUGCAUUUACCCAGAACGAGUUACUAGUGAGUCACGACUCACCACUACCAACAAUGGCUGAACCGCAAACUUCAGAAGCUAAAGCCAGUACCAGCACAGUCUCAUCUUCUUCACUAUCUUCAACUGGGUCAACUCAGUCCGUGUCAAACUCGGUCUCGGACUCUUCAGCUCCAAACCCAGUAGAGAACAGACCCAAACGAGCAAGAGAUAGUUACAAACACCCGGUUUACAGAGGCGUUCGUAUGCGUAGUUGGGGCAAAUGGGUGUCCGAAAUUCGCGAGCCUCGCAAGAAAUCACGCAUAUGGCUCGGUACUUACCCGAACCCGGAAAUGGCGGCUCGAGCCCACGACGUGGCGGCGCUGAGUAUCAAAGGUAAGUCAGCAAUUCUCAACUUCCCUGAACUCACUGAGUCACUGCCCCGUCCGGCGUCACUCUCGCCACGCGACAUUCAGGCCGCUGCGGCCAAAGCAGCAGCAACUGCAACGGAGCUGUCCAGCUCACUGAAUUCGUCGUCAACAGCGUCCUCGUCAUUGCCGUCGCCGUUAUCGUCGGACGCGGAUGUGUCCACGACGACGGCGGCACCGGAUGAACUGAGUCAAAUAAUCGAGUUGCCGAGUUUGGAAGGGAGCUUUGACUCGCCCGAGUCACGUUCCGAGUUGAUACUGGCUGACUCGGUGGUGGACGGGUGGCUGUAUCCGUCGUGGAGGGUGCAUGAGGCUGACUUUGGUGCAGGGUAUGACUUUGAUCAGACGGCUGUGGAGGAUAGCAUGAUUUUGAGCACCUUUGAUACUUUAACUUGGGGUUGUUAGUGUCGCUAGCUAGUGUUUGCUUUGUGCUUGCUUUUGGAGUUCCUCAAACAAAGAUCAUGCUUGUUCCACCAAUAUAUGUAAUAUAUAUAUAUAUAUAUAUACACAUUUUAUAUAUAGAGUUUUUUGUU